AUGUUGGCGGCAGGGCGGCUGUUGAUGAAAGACUACAAUGUGACGAUGGAGAUGUUUGCUCGGGAGCCUGAUGAUUACGUACAAGACCAGCGGCUUCUUGAAGAAAUUAUUAACCUAACUGCGCACCAAGCGCUGGAGGCCACUACUAAGCCUCUUCACGAGGAUGUGUGUUCUCUCGAGCAAUGGAGGGACUAUGAAGGAAAGGAUACGGUCACUCCUCCUGCAAGGGGAAAACCAAACGGGGUACUCACGCAGGUACUGACAGGAGCGAGGCGGGAGGCAGAGGAAAGGCUAAGACAAACGCAGGAAAUGAAGUUUACCAUUUCCACUAAUAUCGAAGAGGUACUGUUUAAAGGAAGAGUUCGCGUCAAUGAAAUGAGGCUGAACGACUUUCUUACGAGGGAACUGGGCGGCAGGGGCGUUGUGGACACCAAUCGGGAUGUCUUGCCGGAGGAGUUUUUCAAGGACCCCGCGAAGUAUAUCCGUGAUAAAGGAGCACUGAACGAAAUACAGGCAUCAGGUCAUUGUUUUAGUAUGAAGCGAGCUGUAAAGGGUGAAUUGAUCUUCGACGAGGAUAUACGCAAGCUAUGCGAUAAGGGCGUCAGCAAUCUACCGGGGUGGUCAUUAGCUGCUGUGGAGGUAACAGCAACUGUUCAUAACUCCACUAAACAUUUCUUGGAUGCAGCUGCCGAGGAGGCGAGGAACCCAACGACGACGAUUGUAGCGAUAAAACUGGAGGGAGUGUACGAGUCUGUGUACAAUGCGAUUUGGCACCAUGUGGUGGAAAUUCCCGACGGCGUGGAGCGAACGAAAGCGGGGACGGGAAUGGAGGUGAGGGAGGGGAAACCGAAACAGUCAUGGACGUACAAGAAAGUUGGCAACACCUUCGAAAAGGAUGACGCUGUGCAGCAAUCCGGUGAAGCACCUCCCAGGCUGAUGGUGCUUACCUCGGACAAGGGAUGGCCGUACACGCUGAGUGUGCUGAAUGGGUGUGGCAAUGACUUGUGUGUUAACUCUGAGGUGGAGCGAGUGUGGCAGAUCGUCAAGGGCGAUCUAACUAAGUGGUUCAGCAAUUUUGAUUUGACUCUCAAUCCUUCACCUUUGCCGCAUGUGUUGAUUGGGACGCCCGGGAUCGGGAAGUCGAUGGCUGCCGGCUCGUACCUCCUCUACCAGCUGCUGCACUACGAUGCGGAGAAACUCCAAGUGGUUGUCCACUGUUUUGGAAUCACGAUGUACGUGUUUGACAAGAACACCAAAACCGUGACAAAAUACAUGGGUAACAUAACAUCGAAGAGUGUUUUGGGUGGUUUGUGGCAGCGUGGGAUGAAAGGGUAUAUUAUUUACGAUGUGACAACGAAAGGAACACCGCCCGACGCAGGUUUUGCGCCCUCUACUGGAUGGGGCAUGAUUGUGGUGUCAUCGCCAAACCUGGACAACUAUGAUGAGUGGGCGACGCAAGUAAGAGCCAGUCGAAUCAUCAUGAAUUGUCCCGACGAGAUGGAUGUGAAGGCGAUGUGUGCAUGGAUGGAGCGCGGUCUGGAACCAGAUAGGCAAGCGGGAUACUGGAAGAUGGUCAAAGAACGCAUGGAAAAAUUUGGACCGAUUCCGCGUCACAUCUUUGAUGAGAAAAUUUAUAUUAAUCGCUUGGGUGCCGUUGAUGUUGCCUUGCUAGCAAUCAAGGAUACUGAUGUUAAAGAGUAUUUUUCCAUGGGAGGAGAGAAAAAAUGGUAUUCCGAGGAUCCGUCUCACAAACUUGUGAAGAUCGUCCGGGAAAGAACAGAAAAAGGAGCUGAGAUAUUUCUGAACGCACCGAUAUGUGAUGAUAUCGGGUUUCGAACUGCGGAACGUUUGGAAAAGGAAAUGGCUACGAAGGAUCUUUUGUUGCUAAUAUUGGGAUCGCGUGGUGCUCUUGCUUCCCGAGCUCUGGAACAAUUAGGUUUGUGCGUAUUCAUGUAUGGGGAGCUUGUCUGUGCAUUAGUAGAGGAACUCAAGGAGCUGAGUUCAGCAAAACGUAAUGAAGCACAGGAUUCAGUGCUGAAGGUAAACCAUCAAGGGCACCCCACUCGCACCGUUGGAUUAGCGGGACUGGAAGGCGGUGUCACGAGGACUGCGAUGGAGUACGGGGUGCUGUACUUACCGAAGGUUGAAAACUUUCCACUGGUGGACGGCUUUUUCUUCAUGGAGUCACCGCGGAGGACGCUGGUUGGGCUGCAGAUGACUACGGCGAGUGCGCACCACACGACAACCAGCACCGUGAAGCAGUUCACUGAGCAUCUGGCGGCAUAUUUUGAAGGAUGGGACGAAUUAUCCCGAGAAAUGUCGUGGGAGAUGAUUUAUAUAAAAAACGCAGACAGCACGCCGAUGAAAAAAUGGCAGAGAUGUGAUGUCGUCAAUCCCAAUAAUGAAACCGACGCUGAAAAAAAAAUUGUGGCCUUCUGGAAUAAAGAGGUACACCAAUACCAGUUUAUGUUAACACGUGAUUUUUUAAGUAAAAUCACAGAAAUGUGA